CUGUCACCUGGUUACAUAACACACAGCCCAUCCUGGUAGUCAGGGGGGGCUGCUCCCUCUAGAUUUAUUUAUUUUACCAUUAAUUUAGGCAUUUAUUCGUUGUUUAGCGUUGAGUACGUGCUGACUGCAGUUCACAGACACACAGAGCUCCGCAGGGCGCCUCCUUCUUUCUCCUCCUUUCUCCUCCUCCUCCUCCUCUCUCCAACUCCGCCACACUCGCUGACUUCCUGUGUCUGUCACUGGGGCUCCGGGCUGCUCAGCGAAAUGGCUGCGUUCCUGCGAGCUCGUAAAUAUGUCCGCUGUGUCGUCCGUUUCUCCGACCGUGAACUGUAAACGCUAGUGUUGACCGCUUGUGAGUUUUAAAAAACAAAAACAAAAAAAGGGGACGCACUGACCCAGCUGUCAUGGCUGAAGAAAAUGCCGAUAUCGGAGGUACGAUUGAGGAUGAAGAUGAAGGUUCAGAUGACCCAAAUCUUCAGGUGCAGCUCAAUGCGUUUAGAGCUCAGUGGAUGUCUGAACUCAAACCGAGCUCUGGAGCAACUGGAACGAGUGACCGACUGCUGCGAGCUAAAAGUCUGAAGAAGACGCAAGAAACGGUGCGGGAGGAAAAAGCCACAGAGCUGUUCUUGAGAGCUGUCCAGGAAGAGCAGGAUGGAGCCGUCUAUGAGGCCAUCAAGUUCUACCGCAUGGCUAUGCAGCUUGUGCCUGACAUUGAGUUUAAAAUCAACUACAGCCGUCCUCCUGACACUGACCGAGGUGGAGGAAACUACAUGGAGGACGAUGAUGUUGACGGUGAGAUUGAGGAUCUACUUUCCUACUUUGAGCAGCAGCUCACCCUGGAAAGCUCCUUUCCAAAGAUCUGCAUCCCUGAGUUGGACAUGACUCAGACGCACAUUUCAGCCUUGCCACAGGAAAUCCUGAUGUACAUAUUCCGUUGGGUUGUGUCGAGUGAUCUGGACAUGCGAGCACUGGAGCAGCUCUCUUUGGUUUGCCGUGGGUUCUACAUUUGUGCAAGGGAUCCUGAGAUUUGGCAUCUAGCCUGUGUGAGAGUGUGGGGACGUAACUGCACCAAGGUUGUACCCUUCAAAUCCUGGAGGGAGAUGUUUCUGAGAAGGCCACGUGUUCGUUUUGAUGGCGUCUACAUCAGCAAGACAUCGUAUAUUCGUCAAGGAGAGGAGUCGCUGGAUGGAUUUUACAGGGCUUGGCACCACGUUGAGUACUACAGGUACCUCCGCUUCUUCCCUGAUGGUCACGUCAUCAUGCUGACCACCCCCGAGGACCCGCUGGCUGUUAUCCCUCACUUGCGCACUAAGAACAUCAGAAUGGAUUCUGCUCUGCUCGGUCAUUUCCGUCUGUCACAGGAGACAGACAAUCAAACCAAAGUCUUUGCUGUUGUCUGCAAGAAAAAGGAGGAGAAAGCGUCCGAGUUUCAAAGAAAUCGGUUCUGCAGGCGGAACCCACCUCCGGAGGCUGAACACAGUUUCCACGUGGGACUGCAUCUCUCCUCUGGGGGGCGUCAGAGCUUCAGUAAGCUGGUGUGGAUCCACCACUCCUGCCACAUCACUUACAAGCUGACCGGGGAAACAGUUGUCACAGCGUUUGACCUGGACAGGAUGUACACACCCUUCGUCUUUGCACGUGUGAAGAGUUACACUGCUUUCUCUGAUCAGCCUCUUUAAGCAACCUGGAGACCUGAAACCACAGCAAAUGUUCCUUUACCGUUUUAACAAGAUGCACACAUCCUUAGCCUCUUAUAGUUUGGGCUGCAGCUGGAUUAUUGUGUCGCUAUAAUAAACCCUCAUAUAUCCUACAUGCAAGCAUGUUACGUUUCAGGUUUACAGAAUAGAAUACUUAUUUUCUGAUUUCAGAAAUUAUGGCAAUGGGCUGAGAGCUAAAAUAAUUAGCAACCUUUCCCCCCAUCUCUCCCAAGCAAUGAAUGUUCAUGCUGUUUUUGUUUCAUGGUGCACUUUGUCUCUCAAAUAAACUGAUGAACAGAA